AUGGGCAGUAAAGUACCUAUAUCAAGCGAACCAGAAAUUGUGGUCCUCUCAAGAAAUAAGCUACUUCUUCUCGAUCCAGCUAACUCAGUUAAACAUGAGGAUGUGGUCAAGUAUAUGAUAGGGGAACAGGUGGGUAUUAUUGGGAGUAUAAUAAAAGGCGUAAAAUGGAAAACAAAAUAUUAUGAGGUUGAUUUCGAUAUAUAUGUUGAUAGUUAUAAUGAGCUACAAGAGUGGGUUAAAGAAUUCAAAAGUGACGAAUACACUGAUUUGAGAGAAAUACUAGCAGGUAUUAUUCUUCUAUUUGAUAAUUCUACAUCCAUUGAUGUCUUCAACAACAUGAUAGAAUCUUUAAAGCUUCAGAACGAAAGGAUUUUAGUCGCAUGUAAUAUUUCGGAUAAGAAUAUUGAGGAGGAUCAAUUGGAAGCUCUUAAUAACAAGUUAUUGGGUUCAGGUAUCACAGUGGUUAACUGGAGUGAAGAAGGAGUUAAUUCGUAUGGUGAGAAAAUAGGCAAAGACAGAAUGAGAGAAUUGCUAGACAUUCAUAAAUGGGAUGAUAUUAGUCUUUGUUCAAAUAAUAAUACAGGUGUAGAACAAGCACUCCCAGAGUCUUUGCAAUGUGAUGAGUCCAUGCCCCUAGAAUCGGUGAUUUCCAAAAUGAAGGAAGCAAGGGAGAGAUAUAUACAAAUGGGCGAUAAAGAAGCAGCCGAAGACUAUGCUCUUGCACUUUCUCAAGAGCUAACGGAAAUUUUGCUUCCAUCUGAAUAG